AUGGCCGCGACCCUCAGGCACCAGUCGUUGCAGACUACACUCAAUGGAGUCGACAAGUCCGGAACCACGCAAUUUCGAGGGAUUCCGUACGGUCACAUACCGCGACGCUUCGUUGCGGCCGAAAAGCUAGACCAGUAUCCCGAAGAGUUGGACUGUACUGCAUUCGGACCGCGAUGCCCACAAGUUCCUGUCGAUGUAGGCCAUCUGUUGCGUAUACCUCCUUCGUAUGAAGUUCCGCCUGAGCUAGAAGAUGAAUUCAAGUGCGCCAACCUGGAUGUGGUUUUGCCAAUUCUUGAUUCAGAGCCAGAGUCAAAGUGCCUGCCAGUUCUAGUCUGGAUCCAUGGAGGUUCACAAGCCGUCACAUUUGGCAGCGCGGCGUCUGGUGUUUGCGACAUGACCACCAUAGUGGCCGACUCAGUUCGACUAGGGAUGCCAAUCAUCGCUGUGUCUGUGCAGUACAGGUUGAACGUAUUCGCACUUGGCAGUCGCGGUGGACCACCGAAUUUGGCUCUGCGCGACCAAGAGCUGGCCCUCAACUGGGUUCAAGAUCAUAUAGCAGGGUUUGGAGGUGAUCCGAAAAGGGUCACAUUGGCUGGUGAGAGUGCUGGAGCUGUGUAUUGUCACGCCCACCUCGUCACAGGUACAACCGCUAGACAGGUUAUCCUUUCGUCUGGCUCAAUGUUCUUGUCGCCGCCUCAGCCACGCCAGAAGAUAUCAGCACUGCAAGGCAUUGUAUUGAAGCAACUGCAAUCCAUUGACAAGAGUCUUAGCUUGGAGAACGCAUCAGCCAGUAAGGUGGUUGAGGCUGUCAAGCUAUCUAACUUGCAAUCUUUCUUCCUCGAGUGGGAGGACAGAUUCGAUGGCUUGCAGACUAAGAUCGGUAAUGCUGAGAAACUACUUCUCAGUGAUGUACAAAAAGAAGCAGCCAUUUGGCAGGCGGGAGUAUGGGCAACAGACUCGAACGAAAUCUUGGCCGCAUUCAACACUGCAGGAGAGCACAGUGGAGAGCUCAAGACUUUAUACCACAUCUGCCCAGACAGACCAUCAUCUUGCAAAACCGGGUCUCUGGACUUCAUAAACGACUACAAGUUCGUUCUUCCGAUACAUAACCUUGAAAAAGCUUGGAAGGCUGCCCAUAAGCCUGUGUACAGAUAUCUAGUCGACGAGUCCAAUCCAUGGCAGCCGUCCAGCGGCGCACAUCACGCUGUAGAUCUACCUCUGCUUUUUGGAGGUUUCGACCUGAGCUUUUCUCCCAGUGCCGAACAUGUUGGCAGGGCCAUGCGUGAAGCUUGGAUCAGGUUCGUGAGUCUCCAAGAGCCAUGGACCGAUGCUUCAGGUACAUGCUAUGGGUUUGGACCACAUGGGAUGACCAAGACUUUGGAUAACUGGGAGGUACAGUCGCGUCGGAGAGUUACAGAAACAGACAGGUUGGGGACAAUGGAUAGUGCAUUGCUGGACAAGACGCUUGCUGGCCUGGCAGCGGGAAAAGUGAGCCUGCUGAACUGA